UCUGUGCUUUCGCUUUGUCGGGUGCUGAAGUUCAGGACACGUAAUCAGUGUGUGCUGGAGCCGAAGGGAGAGCUGGGCAGACUGUACAGGGAGAUCGGCUGCCGUGAUGGCUCGGGAAGGGAUGAAGCACCGAGAGGGGAACCUGCGGCCGGAGAUGAGUGGAUACAGCAUGUACGAGGAGGAGAAUGACAGGCUGACCGAGACCCUGAGGAUGAAGGCGAGCGCCUUGAAAUCGCUUUCAAUCGACAUUGGAACAGAAGUUAAAUAUCAUAAUAAAAUGUUAGGAGAAAUGGAUUCUGAUUUUGACUCAACAGGUGGACUAUUAGGAUCUACAAUGGGCAGACUGAAAAUUUUAUCAAGAGGCAGCCAAGCUAAACUUCUUCUCUACAUGCUAUUGUUUUCAUUAUUUGUUUUCUUUGUCAUUUAUUGGUUUGUGAAGCUCAGGUGAUGAGUUUUAUUUAAUAUCGUGUGGAAAUCUCCCAACUUUUUUUUUUGUGUGUGUGUGUAUUAUACCAUUGAGUGCCUGUACUAGUAGCCCAGUCAUUAAUUUGUUAAAUGGUGGAUGGUGCUUGUCCAGAAGGGUGAGUUUUUAUAAGUCUGGCUGCACUUAAUAAAAGUUUGGAUUCUACUUAGCAUCUUGUCAGGAAGUGCUAGAAGAAUGAAAAUGGUUCCUUACAUCUCCACAUUUUAUAACUGGAUCCUUGCCUAGCAGACAAAUAAUUUUAUAAUCUUUCUAAUCUGAAGAGCCCGUGGGAUGUGUGAUCAUUGAGGAUCUAUGUCACAAAUGUUAUCUUAACUUUUGUGUAAUCAACCGUUUCCAGAAAAUUUUAAAGAAACUGCAUUUCUUCUUUUGAGUCGUUUAUAUUCAUAUAUUAUGCCACAUUUUUAUGGAAAAAAUAUCACAUUACUAGUUCUAAGUAAUUGUUAUGUAGUUUAAUAUCUUAGCUGCUAGCUUUUUGAACUUUGUGAAAAAUGUGUUUGCUAUUUGUUCCAGUUACUAAGCUGCUUUGAGAGGCCAUGAGGCAUAACAUUAAAUAUUUGGAUGUAUAUAGUGCCAAAAAUAAAUAAUAUUUAGUCUGAAUGUAUGUACACAAAUAGUUAAUUUAUGUCAAAAUGGAUAUGUGGUCACAGUGCUGCCACAUAUUGGAUUAAAAGAUAAUCUUGUGUACUAUAUGCUAAUAUUCCAAAUAUAAAAAAGGUCCAAGCUUACAUCAUGGAGAGAUCCUGUGGUAAUAUAGUGUAUAACUUUUGCUUAAGUCUUUAUGUAUUAAAUUAGCAUUUUUCAUGUUUCAGCUUUUUGAAAUUCAAAAUGACCAAUGCUAUUAUCUCUAUUUUCCAACAAAGGAAUAGAAUUUGUGCAUGUCUGGAUGCUUUGUUACAAUUUAGUCAUAUAAUGAAUAUUUAUAUAAUAAUUCCAUUUUUGUUUUGGUAUCAUAUACAUUCUGUGCUAUUUUUUUUUUUUUUCUUGAACAUGUACCAGACCUUUACUGGAGGCAGUUUCUUAAUAUCUCCCAUUACAGGUGUCACUAAGGUGUGACUUCAGACUGCUUUUCAAAACGUAGGCCAUAAAAGCCAAUUUGGUGUAGUUCUGCAUGCCAGCUGUGGUUUAACUUUGUCUGUUUUGGCCUACAUUUUUAAAUUCACUUUGAAUUUAAAGGGGGGACAUCUUCUACAUACUUAACCCAUAAAUGUAACUAUACAUUUUUGAACUCAGCUGCUUAUCCUAAAACUUUUUAAGGACUUUUUAUGCCCCCAGACAUGAACAUCUUAUGGAGUUAUGGGUGUAAAAUUCCCAUCCCAUGAUGUACUGUGCUAUGCGUGACUAUAAUAUUUCUGUGGCCUUUUUAAAGCAGGACUGUGCCUUCUGUGAAAGUGACAGUUCCUUAUUCCCUUGCCUCAGUAAAUGUUAUUAAAGCACUUCGUGGGAUGAGUAGUGAAGUAAAAAAAAAAACCAAUACUCUCCACAUUUCUGCCAUGUCCAUAUAAUCACCCCUUUAUGCUCUGAGUGUGCUUAGGUAUCUAAAAAUACAUUUUGUAUUAGUGAAUUCAUGCAUGCCCUGGACUCUUGCUAUAGUAUUGUGCAUGUGAAUUCGGUACCCUGGGGUAAAUAAUUUGCAUGGUGUGCCCAAUCUGUGCAAGUACACCAAGUUACACAUUGUGUAUAUAUAUAAAAAAAAAAAAUAUUAGGAGUUUACAAAAAGAAACUUAAUUGCACACUGUGCAGAAAUCUCACUUGCGACAGACCAUUAGACGCCUCUGCUAUCUUAUUUUCUCAAGGAAAGUAGUCAGUAAUGUAAUUAUAAAGUGUUGGGAAGAUGACCUACCUCAACUCAAAAUACCUCUUUUCCAACCUUUUCCGUUUGAAGGCUGGUUACUAAUUUGUGCUUUUGUUUUAUUAACUAGCCUUAUACCAUCAGAAAUGUAUAUUUUCAACUUUAAUAUAUUUUCAACUUCUUCAUAUCAACCAUUCUUUACCAAAAUGUCUUUUACUACCAACUAUGUUCAGGCUCUCCCAAUUACUAUCCACCUGAAGUACCCAUUGCACAGGUUCCUCAACAAGUUCUCUAAUGGCAAUUGCUCUGUCUCUAUCAUCUGCUGUUAACCUGAAGUACCCCCACCACAGGUUGAGAAACUUAAUGUUUUCUCCUUCCAUCAUGAAUCAUGUCAGUUGUGUUCAAAGUGAUUUAAAAGACAAAAGACCAACACAGUUUUGCUGUGGAAUGUAAAUAAAGCCUAUAUUUGCUUUGUA